AUUUUCUUGCUGACAGAUUUCAUGGAUAUGAACUCUAUGUCACCGGUGUAAUAGCCAUCUAUUUUUAUGAUUUAAUUAUACACGCUAAAGAAGAUUGGUCUUGGUAUUUAAGAAGGAAAUGGAUCGUCCCUGAUUUUGCGUUUUUCAUUCUCGACAAGAUAAACACACUAUUCUAUUGUGCGAUCAUUUUAUUUUUCCUACAUUACGCUCAUCACACUCCAUCAACUUGCGAAUCCACGGAAAUUAUUUCAACAUGUUUUUACGCAUUAGGCAUCAGCCUUCAAUGUUUAGAAAUGCUCUCGAUUCUCCGGUCGUAUUACUCCACUUCCAUCCUCUUGCUCAUCUCUCUAUUUGCUUAUUCCGGUGCAACGUGUAUUUUUCACGUUUCAAACAUCUUCGGAUUUGGUAUUUUUACCGUGGGGAACGAUGGAAAUUGUUACCUACAACCAGGACAAACACCAGAACCAUGGAUUCCCGUCGCAUUCAUAAUGAUGGCAAUCUUUAGUUUGAUCAUUUUCGGAUUAAUCGCGGUCAAAGUGUAUUCGUUGAGGUGUUGGAAUGAACUUGAGAAGAUGCGCUGGCGUUGCCUCUUCUUCGAUGACGGCAUCUCAUAUUUAGUGUUGAACGUUACAUUUCAGAUGAUCAAUGUUGUCUUCAUCCUCGUAAAGACAAACUACAUAGAUAACUUUGUUAAUGUUGCACCAACACUUAUCAUUACUUCAAUCUGUUGCCAAAGAUUAACUGUCCUGAGCGCGAGUUCAAUCGUCAAUCGUUAUUCCACCUCUUCGCUUCUGGGUUUUUCAAUUAAAAAAAAGUCCAUAGAUAGCUCAAACAUCUCCACGCCCACAUUGCUCCCCCAAUACAACGAAUAUAACAGAUACACGAUUGAUAGUAUAUCAGGAGGAAUCUCUCGACAAUUAUCGAUCUCACAAAAAUAUCCGCCACAAAUUCCCCAAAACAUCUCAUCAAGAAUCAGUCAAGACUUCACCAGUUCAUUAGUAACCAUCAUCAAUAGUUUUAGCAUCACGGAUAACUUCAUGUUAAACGAUAAUUUACUGAAUUCUUUAAAUUCCCUUAGAAAUAGCAUAACAAGUUUUUUUGGUAGUAAUCAUUCUUCUGUAAAAAAUCAUAGACUUUUAGAGGAGGGGGGUUACACACAGGAAAGUAUUCGGAAUUACAGUAGAACGGAGGACGUGAAUUUCUCUUCGCGUAUAAGCGUCAUCUCCAUACAAAAUAAUGAAAGGGACGACAAGUCCUACGAAUUGGUGUUGUCACCACCACAAAAUAUAUAUAGCCCCGAAGGUGAAGGAGGGAAAUUACGUCUUUCGGGACCUAGACCAAGAGUUAUUAUGCCCGAAAGCCAAAUUGAUCUAUAUUGCUUUUGGUAUAGUAAUGCGAACGAAGGGAUUUUAAAAGAAGAAGACGUGUUCUUGUUUCCUCCCAUACCACCGAAAGCUCAAAAUAUUAAUGAAGACCUUUAUUAG